AGAAAACUGAGGAUUGUGACGUCACGGGCGCCAUGUUGGAACGCUGCUCUUGUCUCGGAGGCCGUAAACUCAUUUGCUUUCUGUUUCCUGUUCGGCUCAGAGGAAGGAGAGACAGAGUACAAAACCCUAUACAAUAAUUUAUCUUUUUAAAACAUGGAAAUCGACACUCUUCUGGAAGCAGUUAAAGAAUUUGAGAAGAAGGGAAAGAAGGAAGCCUGUCCUGUACUGGAUCAGUUUCUGUGUCAUGUUGCAAAAAGUGGCGAAACAAUGAUUCAGUGGUCACAGUUUAAGAGUUAUUUCCUUUUUAAGCUGGAGAAAGUGAUGGAUGACUUCAGAGCUUCAGCGCCUGAGCAAAGAGGCCCUGCUAAUCCCAAUGUUGAGUACAUUCCUUAUGAGGACAUGAAAGAGAGAAUUCUGAAAAUUGUUAAUGGCUACAAUGGUAUUCCUUUUACCAUUCAGAGGCUGUGUGAGUUGCUGACUGACCCUAAGAAAAAUUAUGCAGGGACGGACAAAUUUCUCAGAGGUGUGGAAAAGAAUGUCAUGGUUGUGAGCUGUGUGUAUCCUUCUUCAGAAAAAAAUGGGUCAACUAAUUUAAACAGAAUGAAUGGAGUAAUGUUUCCUGCUAAUUCCUCAAGUUAUUCUGAUAGGAUUAAUAUAAAUGGUCCUGGAACACCAAGGCCAGUGAAUCGGACAAAAUUUUCUUUGUCAGUUCCUUUAACAGCAAAUGGUUUGCCUGACAGUACAGAAAACAAAGAAUCCACAGUUGAACACGAACCAAGAGUUCACAGUGAGCUACAGACAGGCAAAGAAAGUGAUUCAAGUAAUUCUGUCAAAAAUAAACACAUUGAAGAGGAUGACACCAUGAGUGACGGGCAUGAGGUUAAAAGGCUAAAGUUUGAUAAAGAUGAAGAGGAUGAGAUUGCAGAUUCUCAAUCAGAAUCCAGCUCUUCAGAUUCUGUUUCAGUCAAUGUAACUUCAGAAAUUCCGUCAUUUCAAAAAACCAGUCAGUGUGUUGAGCAAAACAGUUCUGAACAAGAUUCUCAAGACAUACAGACAGAUGAAUCAAAUAAGAUGGAAAAUGAAGAAGCUGAAAGUGUGAACUCUGCUAGCCUUGAUUCCACAGAAAAUAGUAGUGAGAUGGACUACUCAGAACAACAAUAUCGUUCAAAUGAAGAAUUAAAUCUUGAAGUUAAACAAACUGAAGUACACAACGUAGUCAUUAGCAGAAGUGAAGCAUGUUGUGGAAAAAAAGAAACGGAAGAAACUUUUUUUGCUGAAAAAGUUGUUAGUCCACCUGAAAUGGAAAAUAGCUCUAAAACUACAGAAAAUGUACAAGAGCCCGUGGAACAUAACUGACUGUAUGUAUGGUAUGGUGCAGUAUUUCUCAUUCUACACUGUAAAAAUAAAAUGAGGGCCACCAUCCUUCCAGUGCUAUUGGUUCUCUAGACUUUUCAAAGAAAAAUAGCCUGAAUGAGCUAUGCAACCUUAGAACUGUGAAAAAUGGCUCAUUCUGGUUAGUUAGACCACUGAAUUUUUUUUAUUAUAUUAUUUUUGACCAGUGGUUUAUGUACAGAUUUUUAUUUAGAAUACAGAAUUUUUAAACUGGAAACUUGAUAUAGAUUCAAAAAAAAUUUUUGAAGGUCACAACAUUUAACUGCAAUUUUUUUUGUCUGCAUUUUCUCAUUUUUGUGGUAAAUCUUUAACAAUUAGCAAAUGUUUUACCAUGAUUCACCUUACGGUUACAAUAAGAGAUUCCUUGUAUAAUUUAAAUACUAACUUUCAGUGUGUCGAGAGUGAAAUAAUAUAAUCUCAUCUUUCCCUUUAGUCUUAAGAAUUUUGUCAGAAGAUUGCAUUUAUUUUUCAUUGGCAGAAAUUAAUUCAAAGCUCUCAAUGUUUUACCAGGGAACUAUGUAAAGAAAAAUUGUGAAAAUUAGGUGCAAACAACACAUUCCAAAAAGUAUAAUUGUAAUAGUCAAAGUCUUCAAAUGGUUUAUUUAUCUUGAGUAAGUUUCCCCAUAGAGUUUACAUUUUAAUAAUCUGUAUUUUGAAGGUAUGGUUGUGCAGCAAAUCUUUUUUUUUUUUAAACAGAUUUCCAUUUAUUUGAAAUUUCUAAAAUAUUACUAACUCAUAUUUGGGAGAAUGUGUAUUAUAUUUGUGAAGAGACUGAUACGUGCAAUUUAACACAUGGACUAGACGAAGAGAAAUCUAUUUAAGGUAAAAUUAUAUAAGGAUUUUUUUUUUUUUCUUGGGGAAAAUUUCCAGAAUUCAUUAAACAACCAAUAUUCAUAUACAAUUUUUAUUACCUGCUUUUGGACACAAUAUUUGACAGUCAAUGGUGGUUUUUUCCUUUAUUAAAACCACCUUAAAGCACAAAACAUUUUUUAAUGUUCCAAACAUCUUGUAUGUUCCAAUUUUCUUUGGUUAUACUUAUCACAGUUUUUGGCUUCUAAGUUUCUACUUGUUUCAGAAGCUGUAGUUUUUGAUAUUUAGAAUUUUAAAAAUUAAAAUAGAUUUUGUAGAGUGUAAGUGUUCACUGCCUUUGUGAAAUAUUGUAUAAUUCUCUUGUAUUCAGAAUGCUUGGGCUUUCAAAACAGUAUUCAAAUAAGCAAUAAAUGUUGAUGUUCUCUGUGUGGGUAUGCUUUGUUUAUAUUCAUGAUUUUUUUAUUUGAACCUUUUGCAGCAAUAAAAGCUUUUCUGUUA